UAAAAUUAAGUUACUAGCUUGAGUUAACAAAAAAGGAAUUUAAGUAAUUUUCAUGUAAAGCGAUAUAUGAGUUAUAAAUUUAUAUUUUUGAAAUUUCGAUUAACAAUAAUAUUUUCGUUAAAUUUAUGAAAUUUACAAGAAAUUUACCUUAUCGUGGCGAUUAUUUAGUAUCGAAUGUAUAAACGCUACUAUAACUCAAUAGUAUGUGUUAAAUAAUAUGGACAAUUAUCUCAAUUUAUAAUCUCUAUGUUAGCCUUUAAUUAAUCAAGACGAAAAACUAAUUAGAUAUUAUUCCCAGUAUACCGCCCUAUUUUCACACAUUGCGCUCAAAUUUUUCAGUCAAAACUUUUUCCCUCAAAACUUUUUCGCUCAAACUUUCAGUUCCCUCCACUGCCAAAAGUCUUCUCAAAUUAGGGUUAAUCAGUUUUCUCUUAUCCUCCAUAGGUACACCAGUUGAUACCAAAAUCUUGAACUCGAAGUGCGGAUUCUGGGAGAGGGUGUGAAUAAUUCGCUCAAACAUUAAUUGGUUUUUUCAUCCUGGAUUCUUAACCAGAUUUCACGAAACUCCAUUACAGUUGUUUCUUCACAAGUUCAAGAGCAAACAAAUUUUCCAUUCUCUAUUGAUUUCACGAACCAUAUCAAGGUGGUAUCUAGGUAUCUUGAGCAUUUACUUGCUGAGAAAAUAUAUGUUGAAGCUGUAGCUUUGUGUCCCAGAUUGCUGCAAGCCUGCAAGGGUCUGCUUCAGCAUGGGAAAGCUUGCCCUUGUGGCUCUUGCAUUGAAUCCUGCAUACCGUUUCUUAUCAGCUGUGAAGUCUUGGUUGCGAUCAGUUUACUAUGCCUUGACUAUUUUGUCAGAGAUUGAGCCUCAACUUAGAGCUUCCUUGAUGACCGACAACCUGAAGGAGGCAGUGGCAGAGUUAUACGUGAGAACCGGGCAAAACGAGAAAGCAUUUUCAUUCUUUGCUGAUCUUUUGAAAUCAAAAGUUUUCGACUUCAUUGAGAGACAUAGCUUGCAUGCCGCGGUUUGUGAAAAGGUUGUCCAGUUGAUGAUGCUUGACACCAAACGUGCAACAUCCUUGCUGAUCCAACAAAGGGAGCUGAUUACCCCAUCCGAUGUAGUGUCACAGCUUCUAAAAGGCUGGAGAUAAGUGUGAUUUCAGACACUUUUUGUAUCUAUAUUUGCAUGCUUUAUUUGAGGCCAGUCCUCAUGUAGGAAGGGAUUUUCAUGAUAUGUAGGUAUUGUCGAAAACCCAAAUUCCUUGGCUAGCUCAAUUUAUAAUAUUUCUUAAGGAUGCUUAGGCCUUGUGCGCUAUUAAGUUCUCAAAAAAAAAGUUUCGCCCAACUUUCUUUUCUCCCCUUUUUCUAUUUCUUGGGUGUGGGUUUUGGGGAAUAAAUAUGUGGUCGCAGAAUAUACACUUGGGAACUUUAGAGCCUGAAUUUGCUCAGCCUCAUCUUCUGGAGUUCACUUUUAAAUCACGACUGUCAUUCUGUUAUAAUGUUAUAUAAUCUGUGGUCAAAUGUUUAGUUGUCUUGGAAAGUAGAUUCUGUUCUCAAAAUUUCAGCGGUUUCUCUAUUUUAAAAUCAUGACUAGCUCUUCUAUAUUUUAAAAUCAUGAAUAGCUUCUCUCUGCGGUAUAUGGUAGCUUUUAUCUGCCAUCUUAGGAGUCAUUUGACCUAUAGGAUUUAGUGUGCUGUCUUAUUCUUUGAUUUUGGAGUGCUUCACAUCCCUUGAGGAUAACAUUAUAUUCUGGAGUGAUUUCUUGAAAUUACUACUGUCUAGUUAAGGCAAUUCCUGCCUGUUUGUGCUUGUAUACCCAGAAGGAACGUUGUUAUCUGUUAAAGUAUUGCUUCACUUGUCCCAGAUAUUGGGUUUUCCCCCAUUUGUCUGGUAGAACUGUAUUCUUGUGGUUGUGUUCUUAGCUACGUUUCUUUUUGACACUUUCAUCUGCAUGAAGUUAGAAAUUCAUUCGCCCAACUUUCUUUUCUCCCCUUUGUUUAUUUCUUGGGUGUGGGUUUUGGGGAAUAAAUCUGUGGUCGCAAACUGAUAGCUAAAUGCAAGUCUUGAAAAUAGAAGUUUUGCAUUAGUGGAUUGAUGAAAAUGCAUUGAUUCCUAACAGAAAUGAUUACGCGUGAAUAUUGAGAAAUGUGGUUAUCGUUAUUUUAUUUAAAUAUGUCUUUUCUUUCUGUUCUUUAUUCAGAAAUGGCGAAUGAGGAGGAUGCAGGAGAAAAACAGCAAAUCGUUGAUGCCAAAGCAAGAAACAUUAGUCACAAUGUCCAUUGUACUGAAUGUGGAAGUCAGUCCAUUGAAGAUUCCCAAGCUGACAUUGCCAUCCUCCAUAGAAGAGAAAUUAUACCAGCUAGAUUCAUCAAAGCAGCCUCUGCAACACGAUACUGGGCUUCCCUCCUGGGCGUACCAGUUCAUUCACCGGUUUUCUCUCCAACUAAAUAAGCCCACAAAUUCGUCCAAUAGAGAAGUUGAAGCAAGGUACAUCGAAAAAAAUGAACAGACAAUCUGCAAGCCUCUGCAGCUAGAUUCAUCAAAGAAGCCUCUAGAGUACGAUACAUGGGGGUCAUGAAAUGCUAAGCUUAGGUAGCAAUGCAUACGGGCGAUAACUCGUGUGGAAAACGGUGAAGUUGAGCUCAUUUUGAAAAGCACCUCAUGUAAUCGAUUUAGAAUAUAUUAGU